AGCUCCAGUAUCCGUCAAGGAAAGAAGGAAGCUCAAAUGACUCUUUCUAGUCAGGUCUGAUAAACAUAAUAAAGCGACGUCCCAACGUCAACUACGCAACAAUGGACUUUGAUAAUCCGUCAUACUUCUCAAUGGCGAAUGGCAACCGUUCAUCGGAGAGAAAGGAGACUUGGGAUAGUACGGAAACGUCAUUUAUCAAACAAUUAACACCUCCAAGAGGAGGAUCAUGGUACAAAGAACGAAGGAUGUAUUUACGAUCCGUAAGUUCAAAUUCUGCAGAUUCCAAUCAAGAACUGCUAAUAAAAGGAGAGCCAAGACUUAGCGAUAUCGCACCUGAUUUAUCCUUCAAAGGACCUCCCAGUCGGUCCAGUUCCAUCAAAAGCCAAAAAUCGGAUUUUAUCACCGAUUUGAGUUACCUACCAAGAACUCUUUCGGAAGAACCUGUCGAUAUAUUUUCCGAAAACGAAGUUUUCGAUUCCGAUAACACUGAAAGAUACAACAAUUUUAUUCCCAUGGAACGAACUAGUCAAAGAAGGCAUUCGAUCGGCACUUUUGUCGCUGCUUCUGUAGAUAAUAGGCAAACGAUCAAACAAAGCGACACAAAUUUGAGCUCGAGUUCGUCGAAAAAUGUCAAAGAAGUCGAAGUGGAGAUUCAUUCAACGAGGCAUGCGUCAUAUCCGAGAAAGAGGUGUAUAAAAACUGGCAAAGGCACCUCGAAAAAUAUUAACAUGGACGACAUCCUGAUAAUAUCCGUAGAAAAAAGCGAAGCAGCCUCCUUAUGGGUCGAUUACUUCUCCAAUUACUUUCAGCAGAUAAGUAAACACGCCAAUAGGAAACCGUUUAGGAUACAGCAUUCGUCGUUAGAAGAAAUAAUCUCAAAGACUGAAGAAGAACACGCGGACUUCGUUUCCAGAACGACUGCAGUUAAACUCCAACUCGUGGUUAUGUGUCCGAAUUUUUUAGAAACCGUAGCAGACCGUUCGGUAGAGUGUAGGCUUCUUGAAAAAAUACUGCUAGCUGAGAAAACGCUUGCUUUACUUUUAGGUGUAACUGACGAUGAUUUUAACGAAGUCCACAAAAAAGUGUUGCCGACAUAUUUCCAAUGGCAUCGAAAAUGCGUAGGGCACGAUCAAGAUGAGAACUUCACCAAAGAAUUUUUAGGACAAGCAAUGACAAUUUUGUCGAAAGUUUGGAAACAACAAAUCUCCAUAAUUUCGCAAGAUAAAUCGUACUUUUCCAUUAGUCCCAAGAAAAUUCGUCAAGGCCAAAACAGCGUAUUGGUCAUACUGACUUUCCCUCUUCAAAAAGAUGACGUUGUAAAAAUUUCCGUUGAAAAAAAUGGAGAAAUUUUCGUAAUAAAUAACGUUAAAAAACGAAACCCGUACCUGUUAAAGUUCUGGAUGCCUGAAUCGCUUACAGAAAUCACUGCGAUUGUUAAUAUCCUAGUCGAAAAAAACGGCAACAUCAUCGGCAGUAGACCUAUGAAAUGCGAGAGCAGACUGAGAGAACUGGAAGAAAUUCUCAGGAAUGUCAAUAACCCCAUAGAUUUUAUGUGCCAGUCAAUAGGCUUUAGUCCAUCAGAGAGAGAUCACAUUGAUAACUGGUUGGUACACAACUUUCAAAGGAAUUUGCCACCACAUUUUAAUAUAUUGGGCCAUUACGAGCAGCGACAUGUUAAUGGAGGAAAUCAAGGAUAUAAAAGAAGCCACGAGGAAUUCCCCACCCUUCUUCACUUUUCAGCCAAGUUUGGAUUGGAAAAAUUAACUUUGCAAUUGUUAGAAUGUCCCGGUGCUGACGUGGCGUAUGAAAUCCGGAACAUUUAUGAUUUAACACCGUUAGAGAUGGCGGAAGCCAAUGGUUUCUCUGAGAUGGCAACCAUGCUUAGAGGAGUUAUCAAUAUAAAUGAAUUCACAAGUAUAUAUGCCAAACUGAUGGAAAUGAGCCUAACGCCAAAGCCUGGAGACCGAGAAUGCGACGGUUAUAUGGUUCCAAAAAGUAUGCAACAAUUCUACAAAGUCUGCCCUGCUCCACGUCCUGUUAUAAAAGACAAUAAUCUAAAUUCCCCUUCAACUUCUAGUCAAGAAUGGCAACCAAAUUUAGAAUAUAUUCCAAUGCAUACCCCAGUUUUAGUUCCCAAAGAGGACCAACCAACUCUUCAAAGAAACAACUCAGUCAACAAAGAAGAACCAAUAAUAACGAUUUGUGAAGAAUCUGUCGACGCUAUGAAUAAGAAUAUGAGAAAAAAUAAAAAGUCCGAAGACGUCGAGGAUCGCGUCCAAAAAGAACUGGCUGAAAUAAUAAACGACUUCAAGAACAACAUCCACUCGAUAACUCAAGCUGAGAGACUUGUCGAAGAAUGGAAAAACAGGAACGACGUUCAAAAGUCGUUCAAGGAAAAACAGGAACAACUGACGGAAAUGAGGAUCAAAUACGAUCAAAUUCAAAACAAAAUGAAGACUGCCAUGAAGAAACCGACACCAUUCGAACGAAUGAGAAAAUUGUUCUCUAAACCGAAGCACGACCAUCAGCAAACCAAUUCUUCCGCUAAUUCGGAUUCUUCUUCACUCAAUAACAGACCUCUGAGGAGUUUGAGCACCUCUAGUUCGGGAUCUUCAGGAAGAGUUAGUUCUAUCAGCGCCUGUAGCUUAGGCGAUAGUGGCACUCUAUCAGACAAUGAGGAAAGAGCAUUAAUGCUGGGCAAGCAUUCUGAAGAGGAAAUUCGAAAUGAUCUCAAUAAGGCAGUAAUGGAGCUAAAUUAUAAUACACUGCCGAUACCUAAACCUAUUAAAAAGUUACCCAUAGAUCACAGUUACCAAUUAAUAGAGGAAUCAUCUCUUACGGGUUCCCUAGAUUCUCCAGAUGACUUUUAUAUACAAUAUCCACCAUCAGGAUUACCAAUUCCAGGGUUUGAGGAUUACCAAAGACAAGAAAGUUUCGGCAAUGAAUACACCAACAUUGAAGCUUCAAAGACAGCACAAACCACUCAUGAAUAUAUGAACUUUAAAAUCCCGACAUUAUCAAAACCAUUAUAGCCAGUAUUUAUGUUGUAUUAAUUGUUUCGUAAUUGAUUUUUGUAUAAGAAAAUAUGUGUAUGUACUUUAUUUAUAAAUAAAAUAAGAGAUAUU